AUGGCUUCUGCGGAGCAUUCGCUGCUCCCCCCUCACCGCCGGGACCUGUGUAGCCGCUCCAUCUGGCUAGCAAGGAAGAUCCGUUCAGACCUGACUGCUCUGGUGGACUCUUACAUGAAGCAUCAGGGUCUGAACGGGAACGUGAACCUGGACCCUCUGGAAGGCGUGCCGACGGCCAGCUCCCACAGAUGGAGCGAGCUGACUGAGGCGGAGCGGCUGCAGGAGAACCUCCAGGCCUACCGCGCCUUCCACGGGAUGCUGGCCCGGCUGCUGGAAGAGCAGCGGGCGCACUUCACCCCAGCCGAAGACGACUUCCACCAGGCGAUACACACGGUCCUCCUGCAGGUGGCAGCCUUCGCGCACCAGCUGGAAGAGCUGAUGGCGCUGCUGGAGCAGCGGGUGCCCCCCAGGGAGGCUGGCGGGCCGCCCCCCCUCACUGGGGAGGCUGGGCUCUUUGAGAAGAAGCUGUGGGGCCUGAAGGUGCUGCAAGAGCUUUCUCAGUGGACGGUGAGGUCCGUGCACGACCUGCGGGCCAUCUCUCGACAAAGUGGGGUCCCCGUACGUGGGAGCCAUCCUGCCACCAAGGACAAGAGAACGUAG